UAGUCUCCGAGACACACAGCAACCCGCCUAUUGAAUUAUGGCUUCCAUCGGCUUUGAAUCCUUUUUCCCCUCUACUUACAAGAAGAGAGUGGUGGUGCAUAGUGCAGGAUAUGGAGCUAAUGGAGGAAUAGGGUCCAGAUCAGCGUUUACUACCCACUCUACCCUGGCCCCAUCCUACGCAUCUUCCCGAAGAAUUUAUCCAACCAGCAGCCGAGCCGUCUCCAGCUACUAUUCUCUUUCCGCUCCAGUGUCUGCAGCUGCUCCCGAGCUUCGCCUGGACCAAGCAGCCCAGGUCACUUCUGAGUUCAAGACGCUGAGGACCCAAGAGAAGGCAGAGCUGCAAGACCUGAAUGACCGCUUUGCAAGCUUCAUUGAGCGAGUCCAUGAAUUGGAGCAGCAGAACAAAUUGCUGGAGACUGAACUUCUCUUGCUCAGGCAGAGACAGACCGAGCCGUCGAACCUCCGCUCCCUGUACGAGAGCGAGAUCCGCCAACUUCAUGCUGCUGUUGACGAUGCUCAGCAUGAGAAGCAAGCCGCCCAGGCCCACAGGGAUGAGAUGGAGGGAGUGCUGAGAAACCUGCAGAAGCGUUAUGAAGAUGAGGUCCUGGGCAGGGCUGGGGCUGAUGGAAGGCUCUUGGACGCCAGAAAGGCUGCAGAUGAGGCGGCACUGAGGCAGACUGAGGUGGAGAAAAGAGUGGAGACUCUGUUGGAUGAGUUGACCUUCCUGAAGCGCCUGUGCGAGAGCGAGAUAGCAGAGCUGCAGGCCCAAAUACAGUACAGCACCGAGGUGUCGGUGGAGAUGGAGAUAGCUAAACCGGAUCUUUCCGCCGCUCUCCGCGACAUCCGCUCCCAAUAUGAGAAGCUCGCUCAUCAAAACCGACAAGCUGCUGAGGAAUGGUUCUGUGACAAGAUGAAUGUGAUGACCGUGAGCAGCGCACGCAACACGGAGAGCAUCCGCAGCGCCAAAGAAGGCGUCGACGAACACCGGCGCUUGCUGAAAAGCAAGACUCUGGAGGUGGAUGCCUGCCGUGAGAUCAACCAAGCACUUGAAAACCAACUGCAAGAUGUGGAGGAGAAACAGAGUGCUGAGAUUGCUGCAAUGCAGGAUACAAUCAAUCAGCUGGAGGACGAGUUGAGGGCCAAUAAGAAUGACAUGGCUCGCUACUUAAAAGACUAUCAGGACUUGUUGAACGUGAAGAUGGGCCUUGAUAUAGAGAUCGCAGCCUAUAGGAAGCUGCUGGAAGGAGAGGAGACCCGCUUAAAUGUCCCGGGAUCAACCACACUCCACUCCCAAAGCAUGUACGCCGCUCCAAGAACGCCAUCAUCCGUGUCUCUGCUGAGCUCAGCACCGCCGUUCCUCAUGAGCUCUCGCUUGUACCGGUCAUCACCUUACACAGAGGAGAUCAUAUCUGCCAGCCAAGUCCAGCAAGCAGAGGCCAGACCCCCGCAAGAAGAUGAAGAAAAUGAUGAGGAGGAAGAAAAAGAAGAGGAAGAGGCUGAGGAAGAGCAGGAAGAGGUAGAAGAAGAGAAGGAGGAAGAAGAUGAAGACAAGGAAGAAGAUGAAGAAGAGCAAGAAGAAGAAGAGGCGGGAGAAACGGAAGAUGUCGAGCAAGAAGAGGAAACUCAGGAAAAGGACGGAUCUGAAGAGAAAUCAGAUAAGGAAGAUGGAGACGAGGAGAAGUCAAAGGAUGAGGCGGAAGAACCUGAGCCAAAAGAAGAGACGGUGGCUGAUGAGAAAACUGGCGAAAAGUCGGAUAAAAGUGCUUAACUUAUUCAGUUACAAUGUAUUUUCUGCCGUAUCAUAAUCAAAGGUCAAAUGGCCAGCAGUGCAUUGUGGGAUUGACAAGCAGCUAGUGCAUUAAAUUGCAGUUUAAAGGGGGGAAAGAACAGGAUGGAAGACGCUUUCAGAAGGUCCCUGUGCGCUUGAAUGUUGCUAUGCGUCUGUUUGUCUCACCGCAAGGUAAUCAAAUCUCUGCUGCUUUGUGACACGCCCAAAUAAAGCCUUG